AUGUCGGGCUCUAAAAUCCAGAGAAUUGAUUUAGAAAAGCCAAGAUGGGAUCAAAGUACUUACUUAGGACGUGCCAAGCAUUUUUUCAACUUAACUAAUCCCUUGAAUGUGUUUGCAAAAGGAGAAUCGCUGGAAAGCCUGAAAAUAACCGAAGAUGAACUGUGGAAGAAUAAAUAUUUAUAUGAUAGUGCGUAUCACCCAGAUACUGGAGAAAAAAUGCUCGUUAUUGGACGCAUGAGUGCCCAAGUUCCCAUGAAUAUGUUUAUUACUGGCUGCAUGUUGACUUUUUACAAAUCUACACCAGCUGUCGUGUUCUGGCAAUGGUUCAAUCAGUCCUUCAAUGCGGUGGUUAAUUACACAAAUCGCAGUGGCGCCAGUCCAAUUCCCACCGAAACUUUGGUACGCAGCUAUGUAGGCGCAGUAGGUGGCGCAGUUAUCACUGCUUUGUCACUGAACCGUUUGGCGCGACGCGCGCCCCCUCUGGCAGGUCGUUUGGUUCCAUUGGCAGCUGUAGCUGCUGCUAACUGCGUAAACAUUCCAUUGAUGAGGAUAACUGAGUUGCAAGAAGGAAUUGAACUUCAAAAUGAGGAAGGAGCAAAGUUGGGGAAUAGUAAAAAAGCUGCUCGGGAAGCCAUUGCUUCUGUUACUAUGUCCAGGAUUUUGAUGGCAUCUCCUAGUAUGGUUCUUUCACCAAUACUGAUGAACUUCUUGGACCGGCGCAACAUGUUAGCGAAAGCAAAAUGGGCUGCAGCGCCAAUCCAAUUAGUAGUUUGUGGUGUCUGUUUAACCUUCGCAACUCCUUUGUGUUGUGCUCUUUUUGCUCAACGAGUGCCAGUUUCUAUCGACCACCUAGAGCCUGAAGUACAGGAAGCAAUCCGUGCUAAAAAUCCAACAGUCAAUAUGCUUUACUACAAUAAAGGGUUAUGA